AUGAAUGCAUCGUGUCGCGCAUGCGAUGCGUGUGCACAUCACGGCUGUCCCCCUCACCCCGCACCGCCCCGUCGCCCGCCGCCGUCUCUCUACGGCAACACCCCCCCCCCCCCCCUUCCCCCCGCCCCCCACGGCGCACGCCUCGAUCAGCUGACCAAACCGCUCGGGCCGCGGUCCCAGCGGCCAAUGCGUCACGCAAGCCGCGAAAUCGAAUUCAACACAAACGCACCUCACAGUUUACCAAAGUUUGACAAGGGUCAGAAUCGCUUGUGCACCGAUUCGAGCGGCGUUCGCGCGGGGUUUUUCGUCGCGGGACGGACGAAGGAAACUAGCUCACCGGUCGCUUCUAGACGCCGUGCGGUCGCUUGUGCAUAUUUUAUCCCGCUGCAUGCGACGAUACGCUGCGCGGCGGUAACACGUUGCGACCGGCGAAAUUCGGAUUUCCUUUGUUUACGUGGGGCGGGGCGGGCCGCGGCUGCGUGCCGUUCAAGGUCAAGAGCGGCGGGCGCCAGGGCGGUUGCGCAGAGCGGGGCGGAGUGCGGGCGCGCGCUGCCCCUGCGUGCCGGCGUGGGACUUACCGGCCUGGAGGCGCCGCUCCUGGAGCUCGAUGAAGCGCGCCGCCUCGAGCAGCGUGUCGAGGAGGCUCAUGUUGGGGGGCGGCACGGCCGCGCGCUGUACGAGCGCGCCCGCUGUCACGCCGCGACUGGCCACGCGCGCCGCGCGCCGCUCACGUGGCCGCUGCACCGCCCGCCCAAUGGCGGCGCGGCGCGCGCGUCACGUGACCACCACCACGCGCCAACCGCGCGCCGCCUUCGCGCGAUCGAUGCCGUUGCAGCGCGAUCGAAUACGCGCCGCUCCGCUAGGGCCGCGCCUGCCCGCUCACGCACGCGAUUAGCUCGCGAACUAACAUUGCGGCGC